GAGCUAGGCCUUAAUGAGCACCACCAGAAUGAAGUGAUCAGCUACAUGCGCUUUGCUCGUUUCAAGCGUGGCCUGUGUCUCAAAACAGUGGAUUCUUGUUUUCAGGACCUUAAGGACAGCAGACUUGUUGAGGAGACCUUCACAGUCGAUGAGGUGAUAGACAUGCUGGAUGGACUGCGGACUGUUGUACACAGUGAAGUGGAGUCAGAGCUCAUAAAUACAACUUACACCGAUGUUUUACUUCUGCGUCAGCUCUUUUCACAGGCUGAGAAAUGGUACCUUAAGUUACAGACGGACAUCUCUGAAUUGGAGAAUCGAGAAUUGUUGGAACAGGUUGCUGAGUUUGAAAAGUCAGAAUUUACAUCUUCAAACAAGAAGCCCAGUGCAGAUCUCAUUAAACCAAAACUGGCUCCAUUAAAUGAAGGUGGGUCAGAGCUGCUAAACAAGACAGUGGCUUGUCUCCAAGAAGAAAAUGAAAAAUUGAAGACCAGACUCAAGACCAUAGAAACACAGGCUACGGCUGCACUAGACGAGAAGUCCAGGCUAGAGAAGUCACUGAAGGAUUUACAGAUGAUCCAAGACGAUCAAAAGAUUAAUGCAAACCAGGAUAUCACUGAACUGGAGAAUAAAGUGGCAGCUUUGAAAUACCAGUUUGAGAAGACUUUGAAUGACUCUACUGCAAACCAAAAAUUCUUGGAAGAGAACUUGGUGACAACAAAACAUGACUUGCUUAAAGUUCAGGAUCAGCUAUCCACAGCUGAAAAGGAAUUGGAGAAGAAAUUUCAGCAAACUGCUGCCUAUCGCAACAUGAAAGAGAUUCUCACUAAGAAGAAUGAACAGAUAAAGGAUCUACGUAAAAAGCUUUCCAAAUAUGAGCCAGAGGACUAAAAUGCAAAAACAUGUGAUCGAUCAGAAGCUGCCAUAGAAAGAAAAUGUAGACUGGUAUUAUUUUUCAAUAAUUUUUGUUUUGAAUGGUAUAUUUCUUGCUUCUAGUGCUUAAAAUAACUUUUUAUUAGUACUAAUAACACGCUGAAACUCCUACCUUACUUUCUUGUAAAACUACAGUUUAUAGGUAUUAGUUUCUAUAGUCAUGUUUUUAAUUGUUAACCGCUGACAUUCCUUGAGAAAUGGC